AUGAUUUCGUCUCGUUCUAGCUCUGCUGUCCGCCGUACAGGCCCAAAGGUCGCAAAGGCCGUCCUUGCACGCGGUGCGCACAAGGAAAUCAAGUUUUCAAACGAAGGCCGCGCAGCCAUGCUCGCUGGCGUCGACGUGCUUGCAAACGCCGUCUCUGUAACUCUUGGGCCCAAAGGUCGUAAUGUCAUCAUUGAGCAGUCGUUUGGUGCCCCAAAGAUCACAAAAGACGGUGUUACCGUCGCAAAGUCGAUCACGUUGAAAAACAAGUUUGAAAACCUCGGUGCUCGUCUUGUCCAAGAUGUUGCUCAGAAGACAAACGAGAUUGCCGGUGACGGUACUACGACGGCGACCGUUUUGGCAAGGGCAAUCUACGCAGAGGGUGUCAAGAACGUCGCCGCUGGCUGCAAUCCCAUGGAUUUGCGUCGAGGCUCUCAAAAGGCCGUCGAUAAGGUCAUUGAGAUUCUCGAAAAGGAGAAAAAGGUCAUCACCACCUCGGAGGAGAUUGCUCAAGUCGCUACCAUCUCUGCCAACGGUGACACUCACAUUGGUAACUUGAUUGCCAACGCCAUGUCGAGGGAGGGUUCGACCAUUGGUGACACGAUCGAGAUCACCGAAGGUAUGCGCUUCGACCGAGGAUUCAUAUCCGCAUACUUUAUUACCAACCCCAAGUCGCAAAAGGCCGAGUUGGAGAAGCCAUACAUUCUUUUGUCGGAGAAGAAGAUCUCCGCUGUCGUUGACAUUCUCCCGGCCCUGGAGGCUGCCGCUCAAGCUCGCCGACCGCUCCUCAUUGUUGCGGAAGACGUCGACGGCGAGGCUCUCGCUGCCUGCAUCCUCAACAAGCUCCGCGGCCAGCUCAGUGUCUGCGCAGUCAAGGCACCUGGCUUCGGUGACAACCGCAAGUCAAUCCUUGGUGAUCUUGCUAUCCUUACGGGUGGUACCGUGUUCACGGAUGACCUCGACAUCAAGCUCGACCGACUCACCCCCGACAUGCUCGGCUCUGCGGGCUCGGUGAGCGUCUCAAAGGACGAUACCAUCUUCCUCAACGGCGACGGUGCCAAGGACACCAUUGCUGCUCGCUGCGAACAAAUUCGCGACGCCAUUGCGGACCCCACCACGAGCGAGUUUGACAAGUCCAAGCUACAGGAGCGACUUGCCAAGCUCUCGGGUGGUGUUGCAGUCAUCAAGGUUGGUGGCUCGAGCGAGGUCGAGGUCGGAGAGAAGAAGGAUCGAUAUGACGAUGCGCUCAAUGCCACUCGUGCUGCUGUAGAGGAGGGCAUCCUUCCUGGAGGUGGUACGGCUUUGCUCAAGGCGUCGCUUGCACUCGCACCACUCACCUCGGCUGAGAGCCCACUCAACUUUGACCAAAGACUGGGUGUCUCGAUCAUUCGUUCCGCUCUGCUUCGUCCAGCCAAGACGAUUGUCGAGAACGCAGGAGAGGAAGGAUCCGUGGUCGUUGGACACCUCUUGGAGAAGUACAGCAAGCCCGAAAACUUUAGCUGGGGUUACGAUGCGGCGAAGAGCGAGUAUACCGACAUGAUUGCAUCUGGAAUUGUCGAUCCGCUAAAGGUCGUCAAGACAGCCCUGAUCGAUGCCAGUGGUGUUGCAUCGCUCCUAACCACCUCGGAGGCGUGCGUCGUCGAGGGAGAGGAGAAGACUCCCCCACCGAUGGGCGGAAUGGGCGGCAUGGGUGGCAUGGGCGGAAUGGGAGGAAUGGGCUUCUAA